AUGGCUACUGGCUUUGUGGCCGUUGUUGCUCCGGCGGCAGUGCGGCCGCCUUGCACGGCACCAAACCGUCAGCAGAGGUUCCAGGGUGGCAUCGGGAGGAUCGCUGCUGCUCCAACUCUUGCCGCUCUGGGCUGCGGCUAUGGGGCACUCGCGCAGCGUAGCCUGCGAACGCGGCGGCAAGCGAAGAGCCGGAAAUCUCAAGGGAAGUCUUCGAGCAAACCUAUAGCGAAGUCCGACAGUGCAGCGCCUGAUGCUUACAAUCAAGAGACGCGCGACAUCAUACUCUCGAUGAGUAAUGUCGACAAGAAGUCGCUAGAUGGCAGCUACAUCUUGAAAGAUGUUUCCCUUGGCAUGUACAUGGGGGCAAAGAUCGGCAUUCUGGGCAAGAACGGAGCAGGAAAGAGCACGGUGAUGCGAAUCUUGGCAGGGGAAGAUGACGAAUUCCUUGGCCAGCUUGACCGUGACGAGUCUGUUCAGGUAGGAUACUUGGCUCAAGAGCCAGUCCUCACAGAGGAAACGGUGAUUGAAAACUUAGAGCCCGCGGUGGAUCGCAUCAAGGGCAUGGUGAAGGAGUUCGAGGACGUGAGCAUGCAGAUGACAGAGCCUGAUGCUGACGUGGAUGCCUUGAUGGAGAAGAUGGAGAAGAUCCAGACCAAAAUCGAUGCUUGCAAUGGCUGGGAAAUAGAUCAGAAGCUGGACGAGGCCAUGGGGGCGCUCAACUGUCCACCACGCGAUGCGAAGAUCGCAACGCUCAGUGGAGGGGAGCUUCGCCGCGUGGCGAUUUGCCGCCUACUUCUGUCGGGUCCUGACAUUCUCAUGCUCGAUGAGCCCACGAAUCAUCUGGACGCUCAAAGUGUUGCUUGGUUGGAACGCUUCCUGGCGGAGUUCAAGGGGACUGUGGUGGCCAUCACUCACGACCGGUACUUCCUGGACAACGUGGCCGGCUGGAUAUUGGAGCUGGACCAGGGGAAGGGCAUCCCCUUCCAAGGCAACUACUCCGGAUGGCUUGAGCAGAGAGCCAAACGGCUGGAAUCCGAGCAGAAGCGCAAGGCUACCCUGGAGAAGCAGAUGGCCAAGGAGCUGGAGUUUAUCAAUGCCCGGCGCAGUGGAAGGCAGAAGAAGGGCAAAGCUCGUUUGCGAAGAUUUGAAGACCUGGAGCAGCAGGCAGAUGCCUUCAAUCGGAGCAGUGAUCUAGAGUCCAUUGUGAUCACUCCUGGUCCACGCCUGAAUUCCAGCGAGCCCGUGGUCACUGCAAGGAACCUCUGCAAGGGCUACGGUGACCGGCUCCUCAUCAACGAAGCCAACUUUGAGAUUCCCGCAGGCGCGGUGGUGGGCAUCAUUGGCCCCAAUGGAGCCGGAAAGUCCACUCUCUUCAAAAUGAUCAUGGGCAAGGAGCAGCCAGACAGCGGCGAGCUGCUGGUUGGGGAUACAGUCGCGCCGAUGUAUGUGGAACAGAUGCGGGAAGACCUGGACGGCGAUUCUACUGUGUUCGAGGAACUGACGGAUGGCCUCGACACCAUCAACAUUGGUGGUCGUGAGGUGAACAGCCGGGCGUACUGCUCAUGGUUCAACUUCAGGGGCAAGAUCCAACAGCGCACGGUCUCCUCCCUCAGUGGGGGGGAACGGAAUCGCCUGCAGCUCGCCCGGACGCUUCGAUUGGGUGGCAACUGCCUCAUGCUGGAUGAGCCAUCGAAUGACCUGGAUGUGGAAACCUUGCGGGCGCUUGAGACGGCGAUCGAGAAUUUUGCAGGAACAGUGCUUUGCAUCAGCCACGACCGAUGGUUCUUGGAUCGCAUCGCCACCCACAUCAUGGCCUACGAAGGUGACUCCCAGGUAGUGUUCUUUGAGGGCGGCUACAGUGACUAUGAGGAAGAUCGUUUCAAUCGAACUGGGGUGAGAGACCCCACCAAGAUUAAGUACAAGCCCAUGCCGACUUUCGCCUGA